AUGGCGGGAAGCGACAGAGAGGAGAAGCGGUCCGGAUCUACGUUCGUGGACGACGUCGGGUCUCUCGAGAACGAUAGAGCGGCCGAGAGGAAGCUUGUGAGGAAGACGGACUUGCUGAUGAUGCCGGGUUUGGCCCUCGCCUAUUUCACCCAUACGCUCGACCGGGCCAACCUUGGGAAUGCGAAGACGGACGGUAUCGAGAAGGACCUGGGACUUGUUGGCAACCAAUUCUCGCUCCUUCUCGUCCUGUUCUACGUCCCCUAUGCUCUCUUCAACAUUCCUUGGUCGAUUCUGGCAAAGAAGUACAACUCUGCCCGGGUGAUCCCCCUUGCGAUCCUAGGCUGGGGGGCUUGCACGAUGGGCGCCGCCGCGUCUAAGACAUUUGCGGAUAUCAUGGCGACGAGGAUCGUAAUGGGUGCCGUUGAAGCAGCCUGGUACGUUUACUACCUGUCUUUGUUCUAUACCCGGAAGGAGAUGGCAUUCCGUGUCUCCUGGAUUGGCCAAAUGGGGUUCAUCGCCGGAGCUGUCUCUGGUUUGAUCUCCUGGAGCGUCUUUCAGUGGGAGGGAAACCUGAAGGGUUGGCAAUACCUCUUUCUCAUCGAAGGCUCGAUAACGAUUUUUGUCGCAGCCUACCUCUACAUUUUUGCUCCCCGGAGUCCCGAAAAGUCGCGGUGGUACACGGAGGAGGAGGUUAGGCUCGCCAAGGCCCGCCUCGAGCAGGAUUCCCAGGACCAGGACAAGAAGUUCCGUUGGGGGGAUGCUAGGAACCAACUCAGGCAAUGGCAGACAUGGGUCUACGCAUUCAUGGCCCUGAUGUACGGUGUUGGUGUCGCUAGCAGCUCGAACUUCCUCCCGACGAUGAUUAAAAGGCUCACGAACGAAGCUACCACCGCCAAUUUAUACACUGUCGGGCCGAAUCUGGUGGCGUCCGUUUUCCAAGUGACGAUAUGCUGGCUCUCGGACCGUUACCAACAACGGGCGACGUAUGCUUGCGGCUCUACAGUCAUCUCCCUGGUCGCUUGGAUUCUCCUGGGCACUCUCGACUUGGUCCACCAGCCUCGCGUCGGCUACUUCCUGACGUACCUGAUCACUAUCGCUACCUUCAUCCCGAGCAAUAUCGUGCCCGCGUGGCUCGCGUCCAACACUCCCACCACCACCGGUCGUGCCGUGUCGCUCGGCCUGAAUUAUAUGGGCAUGAAUUUAGCCGGCGUGAUUUCCUCGAUGAUCUACCGGGCCGAGGAUGCGCCCGUUUACCGGCCGGCGCUGAUUACCGUCGGCUGCACGCAGGGCGUCUUCAUCAUUACGGCCUUGGUGAUGCGUCAGUACUACGCCCGUUUCAACAAGAAGCUUGACUCAGGCGAGGUUGCGCACGCGCCAGGAAUGGAGAGCCGCCCUGAGUAUCGAUACGCCGUUUAG